CUCGUCUCAGUCAGUCACGCGGCUAACUCGGUCGUGGCUAGUCGCGGCCACGUCAUCGUGACCUUGUCGGUGUUAGGUUGUAAUAAAAUUAUAAAUUAAAUCAGCAAUAAAUAAAUAAGAAAGAUGGAUCCCGAAGCCUUCUUGGACCUGGCCAACCAGGUCAUAAAACUCAAAAUGUAUCCAUACUUCGAUAUAGCACAUUCUUUGUUGUGUGCCCUAGCCGUACGAGAGGAUUUAGGAGCAGGUGCACAAGCUUUCUCCCGCAAACAUCCUCUGGCAUGUUGGCUAUCCACGAUGCUGGUGAUAUUCGCCGGAGGCAUGGUAGCCAAUGGUCUACUAGGAGAGCCCAUACUGGCGCCGCUGAAGAACACACCACAACUGGUCAUCGGCACAGUCACGUGGUACAUAGUAUUUUACACACCAUUUGACAUAGGGUACAAAGUGGGUAAGUUCUUGCCUGUAAAAAUAGUUGCAAGUGUCAUGAAAGAGAUCUACAGGGCAAAGAAAGUGUACGAUGGUGUCACACAUGCUGCCAAGCUGUAUCCUAGUGCCUACGUCAUAAUGGUCAUUGUUGGUACCCUCAAAGGCAAUGGAGCUGGGUUUACCAAGCUAAUAGAGAGAUUGGUACGAGGAGCGUGGACUCCCACAGCCAUGGAGACAAUGCAGCCAAGCUUUUACACAAAGGCGUCUCUAGUUGCGUCUGUGAUCUUCGUGUUGGACAAAAAGACUGAUCUCAUCUCAGCGCCCCACGCGCUUGUUUACUUCGGCAUUGUCAUAUUCUUCGUCUACUUCAAGCUAUCAUCGAUUCUACUCGGCAUCCACGAUCCAUUUGUGCCAUUCGAAAACCUGUUCAGUGCGCUGUUCCUGGGCGGAAUCUGGGACUCACUCGCCAAGAUCCUUGGCAAAGGACAACCGAAGGAGGACUCGAAAGACGCCAAAAAAACUAAUUAGUGCUUUACGCGUUGCUUCCAUAUUUUAUUGACUGACACCGACAAUUCCAGCGACGCAAAUAUACAUAAAAGAAG